UCACGUGACACAGAGGUGGCGGGGGACCCGUGCCGCUGCACCGGGGAUGGGGCGGCUGCUGUGGCUGCUGUGCCUGGCCGUGGGCAGCAGCCGCUGGUGGCUGCGGGGCGCCCAGGGGAAGACGCUGCGGGGCCGCUUCUCCAGCGCGGGGGGCGGGGCGCAGCCGGCGGCGCGGUUCCAGUUCCACGGUGACCAUGCUGUUCUGUAUAUCAGAAUCAACAAUGUAGCAGCAGCUGUUGAAAAAGAGGCCAGACUUCACCUUUUUCAAGCACAGGAAUGGCUAAAGCUGCAGGACAGCACCCAAGAUCACAGCUGUGGAGAGAAACUGUCCAAAGCUCAGCUGACAGUGCCUAUGAAUCUCACAGAGCAAAAUCUGACAGUGACCCAGAUUCCAUAUCCAGAAACGUGGUAUGUGUUUUAUGUAGACAAGUUUACCUGCGAGGAGAAUUAUGAAAAUUCUGAAUCCGAGGAUAUUCAAUUUGAAAUGGUGUUACUAAACCCAGAUGCAGAAGGGAAUCCAUUAGAUCACUUUAGCGCAGGGGAAUCGGGAUUACAUGAAUUCUUUUUCCUACUUGUCCUGGCAUACUUUGUAGCUGCUUGCAUAUAUGCUCAAUCACUAUGGCAAACUCUUAAGAAAGGUGGACCUAUGCAUACUGUCUUAAAGGUGCUAUCAACAGUAUUAUUGUUUCAGGCUGGCUCAGCAUUUGCCAACUACCUGCAUUUCUCAAGUUACGCUAAAGAUGGAAUAGGGGCACCUUUUAUGGGAAGUCUGGCAGAAUUGUGUGACAUAGUCUGUCAGAUACAAAUGCUGUACCUAUUGCUGAGUUUGUGUAUGGGUUGGAUGAUAGGCAGAAUGAAGAAAUCUCAAAGCAGACCCCUUCAGUGGGAUUCCACUCCAGCGUCCACUGGCAUUGCUGUAGUAGUUGUUGUAACCCAGAGUAUUUUACUAAUUUGGGAGCAGUUUGAAGAUACUAAUCACCACAGCUACCAUUCACACCACAGUUUAGCAAGUGGACUUCUUAUUGGGCUAAGAGUUUGCCUAUCUCUGUCAUUGGCCUGUGGUCUCUACCAGAUCAUCAGAGUGGAGAGAAGUACACUCAAAAGGGAAUUCUAUAUCACCUUUGCCAAAGGCUGCAUCCUGUGGUUUUUGUGCCACCCGGGUCUUGCAACCAUUUCUGUGCUAUUUAGAGACUAUCAAAGAGAAAAGGUUAUUACCAUAGGUGUUAUCCUCUGCCAGUCCGUCUCCAUCGUUAUCCUCUACAGACUUUUUCUGUCUCAUAGUCUAUAUUGGGAAGUAUCUUCUCUGUCAUCAGUGACAUUGCCACUGACCGUGGCAUCUGGACAUAAAAGUCGACAUUACUUCUGAGAUAUAUUUAGGAAAGAAUACAGUGCAAUAAUGACCCAAAUACAGCUAUUUUCAUCACGUCAGUGUGCUACAACAGUUUCCCUGGAAAAACUGAAUCAUAAAAUCAGAGCACAUCACUGAUCCUGGAUCUGAACAAGUCCCCAAAUUAGGUACAUUGGUUGAUUUUAAAAAUAAAACUGGUGGUAUGAAAAUAUAUUUAAAAUCUGA